CUAUCCUUGGCGACUACUACUGCCAUUCCUACAGAUAUGGAUUAGCUGUUGUGUCCAGAUAAAGUAUGCUAAGUAGGCUACUUUGAAAAGUUAUGUAAUCACCGCCACACCUCGCACUUUGAACGCAUAAAGGAUGACAGUAGCUGAUCAAAGCGAGGCGGCGGUGAUCGCCGCACUUGAGAGAAAUGCCUCAUGGUCGUGCGGCUCCGUCGGCUAUCUAGUGUCUACCACGUGGUGGAACGCAUGGGUACAGUACAGCGGCUACUCUGGUCCCAGCGCCGAGUCCGCAUCGACGCUGAUGCAGCUAUCAGGCGGUGGCUCACCUCGACCAGGACCCAUCUCCAACACAGACCUGCUGCCACCUGGCCACACCGUUGACCAGAAGCCGCUCCUUCCAGGCUCGGAAGCAACUCCUCGUGCCGAGGAUGUCCCAUUACGACCUGACCUGGUGGAACAGCAGGACUUCAUAGUCGUCUCCGAAGCCUCCUGGCAGCGCUUACACAGCUGGUACUCGGGCGGGCCCGUCAUCGCGCGCCGUGUCGUGGCUGAUCCCGCUCCUGGGCCCUCAGGGUGCAGCGGAGUCGCACGCUGGACCCGUGUUGCAUUGUACCCGCUGCGGUUUGAGGUGUCGUACAAGGAAGCAAAGGAGGGCGCCCAGGAGCGUACGGCAGUCGUGGCUAUUGAGCCGGAGGCCAGUCUGUCCGCGCUCAAGACACGCUCCUGCGCCGCCCUGGGUGUGCCGGAGGAGGAAGUAGUGCUCUGGGACUACUCCGGCGGUGCUGCGGUGCGAUCGCUGGAGACGGCACAACCCGGAGAGGAGGCGCAGGACGAGCCUCGAGCCACCUCGAGCGCAGGCACCGCCGCGGCUAACGCCACAGGAACAGCAGCAGGCACGGC